AUGAGCGUUAAUAUUGGUCUUGAAGACUCAUAUCAAAAUAGUCACAACGGUGCUUUUCAAUCUUAUAGGCCCAUUAAAGCUCUGAUGAUGUAUGUACAACGUAGAAAUUCAAUAAUGGGGAAUGAACCGUGUGACACCAAUAUUAGGAUGCCCUCAAGUAGUUGGUCUGAUAGUACAUCGCAAAAUAUUCAUCUCAAAUUAACAUGUCAAGGAACAUAUCUUAAGGAUUCAACUACAUGGUCAGAUAUGCAAUACGAAGCGGAAGACACAGUUAGUGAAAUAAAAUAUUACUACCCAAAAAAGAUGUUUUUGGAAAAAGCUGAAAUGGAAGCAGAUCAAAUUGAUACAGCAGAGAAAAAUGUAUCUAUCCAAAAUCAUUCUACUAACCAUUUAGGAGUAUCUACUAAAUGUUUAAAAGAGACUAUUCUUCAAUGCCGUAAUGCUUUCAAGGACGAUCCUAAAAAGCCAAAUACAGAAGCAUCUGAGUUCCUACAACGUACUUUUGGUGAUGUUACCAAGAAUAAUAAUUUAGACACCGAGGAAAAUAUGAAUCUCUGUGUUCAAACUGCUCAAGAUCAAAAGACUGAACCAUAUUAUCGGUCUGGGUACAAAAAGUUCACUUUAAGACGUAAUGAAGAAGACUCAAAUGACUCUAACGUUAUAGAAACUCCUACAGUUAUUGAACAGUUACCAGUUAACUUAAUUGAACAAAUUGAAGUAAAUGAACCUAGAGGAAGAAUUAAUAGGGCUUGUAAAGGAGUACGUUACCAACAAUUCAUGAAUGAUACAUUAUCAAAACGUCAAAAUAAAAAAAUGGGACCAAAAAAGUCAGCAAGCACUGAUGAUACUGUGGCAAAACGUCGUAAGGGUAAGAAAUGUAACAUAAAAGAAGAAAAUAAUCAAGCUCCUGAAAUAAAUUCAUUACCAAUUCAAUCUCGCCGUGAAACAAGAAAUAGUGCCAAAGCAGCUGCACUGCGCAAACUAAAAGAAAACACUGACGAAAUAAUUGAAGAUAAUAAAAGAAAAUUAAUCUCUGAUGAUAUAACUAAAGAACUAGAUUCUACUUCAAUCAUGGUAGUUCCUAAAAAACGUUUUAGGACAAAUGAAAAUGACAAUAAAUGUGAAACUGCUGAGGAACCUAAAAGACUGCCUUCCCCAAUAUCUUCAGAAGCUAGUUCCAGUAGAUUAUCAAGUCCAGAAUCCAGUACCAGUAGUAGCUCUACACAUGUUCACUAUAAAAAGCGUGCAUCACGGACAUUUGCUGAAAGUCAAAGUAAUACAAAUCCUUCAUCGUCUGACUCCAAUGUCAACUUACAAACUUUGGCAGAUGUUGCCUUGCGAGGUAUUCCAUUUUGA